AUGGUUAAGCCAGGGGGAGUUUGUCCCACCGCAGGUUCCUGGAAAGCAGCUUGUUGCAUCAUAGACGUCCACAAAAUGCCUUAUUUUACAAGACUCAUUUUGUUCUUGCUUUGCCUGAUGGUUCUUGUGGAAAGCAGAAAGCCCAAGAGGAAGAAAGGGUCAGGACAGCUGGAAAUGCCCAAGCCAAGUCACCUGUAUAAGAAGAACUUGGAUGUGACCAAAAUCCGAAAGGGAAAGCCUCAGCCGCUCCUCAGAGUGGACGACCAUGACUUCACCAUGAGGCCUGCCUUUGGAGGCCCUGCCAUCCCGGUGGGCGUGGACGUGCAGGUGGAGAGUCUGGAUAGCAUCUCGGAGGUGGACAUGGACUUCACCAUGACCCUGUACCUGCGGCAUUACUGGAAGGAUGAGAGGCUGGCCUUCCCCAGCACCAGCAACAAGAGCAUGACCUUCGACGGCAGGCUGGUGAAGAAGAUCUGGGUCCCCGACGUCUUCUUUGUCCACUCCAAAAGGUCAUUCAUUCACGACACCACCACUGAAAACAUCAUGCUGAGGGUGUUCCCGGAUGGCCACGUGCUGUACAGCAUGAGGAUUACGGUCACUGCCAUGUGCAACAUGGACUUCAGCCACUUUCCCCUGGACUCCCAGACCUGUUCUUUGGAGCUGGAGAGCUAUGCAUAUACAGAUGAAGAUCUGAUGCUGUAUUGGAAGAAUGGGGACGAAUCCCUGAAAACAGAUGAGAAGUUCUCCUUGUCCCAGUUUCUGAUCCAGAAAUUUCACACAACUUCCAGACUGGCCUUCUACAGCAGCACUGGCUGGUACAACCGUCUGUACAUUAACUUCACGCUGCGUCGCCACAUCUUCUUCUUCUUACUCCAAACCUAUUUCCCCGCCACCCUGAUGGUCAUGCUGUCCUGGGUGUCCUUCUGGAUCGACCACAGAGCUGUGCCUGCCAGAGUUUCACUGGGUAUCAUGACGGUGCUGACCAUGUCGACCAUCAUCACGGGCGUGAACACCUCCAUGCCCCGCGUGUCCUACGUCAAGGCCGUGGACAUCUACCUCUGGGUCAGCUUCGUGUUCGUGUUCCUCUCGGUGCUGGAGUACGCGGCCGUCAACUACCUGACCACGGUGCAGGAGCGGAAGGAGCAGAAGCUGCGGGAGAAGUUCCCGUGCGUGUGUGGAAUGCCUCAUUCAAGAACCAUGAUGCUGGAUGGAAGCUACAGUGAAUCUGAGGCCAACAGCCUGGCUGGGUACCCAAGAAGCCAUAUCCUGACGGAAGAAGAGAGGCAAGACAAAAUAGUGGUCCACCUGGCCCUAAGCAAUGAAUCCAACUCCUCCAGGAAGAAGGGGCUUCUGAAGGGCCAGGUGGGUCUGCGCAUUUUCCAGAACAGCCACGCCAUCGACAAAUACUCCAGGUUGAUAUUCCCAGCCUCCUACAUAUUUUUCAACUUAAUUUAUUGGUCAGUGUUUUCCUAGGGGCUCCAAGGCUGUGGCUAGGAGAGGGCAUAGACAGCUGCUGGGCUGGGCCAGUCAUCGACAG